UAAACUCCAUGUAUAAAUACGCGGCUUUCCAGCCCUAAUCGAACCCGGCCGGCCCAUCACUGUCAGAGCAGCUCUCAUCAUCAUCAUCGAUCACUCCAAUCCUCCAUGGCUAAUUCUCCACCGCCUGCUCCACCUCCUCCUCCGCUCGUAGCUUCCAAGAAGCCGAUUCGGAUCCGCUCAGUGUGGUCGUCAAAUCUCGAGUCGGAAUUCGCGUUGAUUCGCCGCGUCCUCGACCGUUACCCGUUCGUAUCGAUGGACACGGAGUUUCCCGGCGUGGUUUUCCGCCAUGACCUCCGGGACUGGAAGCCGGACGAGCAUUACAUCUAUCUGAAGUCGAAUGUUGACGCGCUGAAGCUUAUCCAGGUGGGGAUCACUCUCACUGAUGCCGCCGGGAACCUGCCGGACCUGGGCUCCCACUUCCGCUUCAUUUGGGAGUUCAACUUCUGUGACUUUGAUGUGGUGCGCGAUGAUCACGCUCCGGGAUCCAUAGAGCUCCUCCGCCACCAGGGCAUUGAUUUCGACCGGACUCGGGCUUUUGGGGCGCAUACCGCCCGCUUUGCGGAGCUGAUGAUGUCUUCCGGUCUGGUGUGCAAUGAGGCCGUCACCUACAUCACCUUCCACAGUGGCUAUGACUUUGGAUACCUGAUCAAGGCCUUAACCGGCCGGAACCUGCCGGGGGAGCUCCGGCAAUUCCUGGGAUUGCUAGGGCUCUUCUUUGGGAAGAGGGUGUAUGACGUGAAACAUUUGAUGAAGUUCUGCAAGAGCCUCUAUGGUGGACUGGACCGAGUGGCCAGCUCGCUUGAGGUUAACAGGGCUGUCGGGAAGUGCCACCAGGCCGGGUCUGAUAGUUUACUCACUUGGCACUCUUUUCAGAAGAUCCGAAAGCUCUACUUUGACAACAAUGAGGCGCUUACUGAGAAGUAUGCAGGCGUACUCUAUGGGUUAGAGGUCCUCUUUCCGCAGACUCUGUAGAUGUUGAGUCUCCGGUUCAAAUUUCCCUGAUGAUAAUCUGUAAAACCAUUUCCUUUGUAUAAAAAGGAUAAAAGGAACUAGUUUAAUUAUUCUUCUUUUGCCCUUGAUUGGACUUUCAUGUUUGUGAAUAAAGAACAAACAUGUAAUGGUUACUAAACCUGCAAAUUCCAACCAAAUCAAGGACUCUAGAGGAAGGUGAUCAAAACUAUGACACAAAGUUGCACAAGUUUAAAAUUACUCCAAUGCCAUAGUACUUGUUAAAAUCUU